AUAUCAAAGAAAGAAAUGGAGGUAGCGGUCAUAGCUGUCCAGCUCUGGCAGUGGGCGGAGGUAGCGGUCAUAGCUGUCCAGCUCUGGCAGUGGGCGGAGGAACUGAAGGGAGGAAGGGGACGGUGAGCUUGAUGGAUACUGACCGGAUGGAGUGUGUGAAGUCAAAUCCCAGGGAACACGGAGAGAAGGUCAGAACAGAGGAUGAUGUUGCUGAUGCCUUGAGAAGUGGAGAAGUGCAGAAGUCACGUGAAGUGCCCAGCGCAAAUCCAACUUGCUUGGUAAGUCAGCAGAUGGUUGAUGUUUGGGCUGGCCCGGAUAUUAGUGUGGAUGUUCAUUUAAGCCCACAAAGAAUAAAAGGGGCAGAUAGCUUUAAUGGGGAGAAGGAUUGUGGGCCGGUUAUGGAAGCUCUUAAUGCUACUCAUAAGAUAAGGCCUGUUUUAAAAGAAAAAAUUAUAAGCUUGGGUGGGGAAAAGAACUUUGGGCCGGACCUGAAAGUUAAUGAUGCAGCUCAAGAUAUGAGGCCUGGAGGAAAUGGAGAACUUAAUUGUCACGGGGAAGAGGCUGUUCCUCUUUGUCAGGAACGUGGGCUAGCUCAAACAAUUAGAAGGAAGUUCAAGAGAAUGGCAAGGGAUAAAGGGAAAGCCCAAGAGUCUGUGAAUGCUGAAAAAGCCCAAGAGGUGAGUAAUAAAAGAAAAGCCUUAACUGAUGUUUUAUUUGCUUCUGAGGAAACUGCACAGAAGCGUUUAUGCUUCGGUGAGAAGGGGGGGAAUGUUUAUGAAAAUUUUGAAACGGCGGUGACUGCUGAGCAGCACCGCCUAGAUAAAUGAUUGCUUUAGGGUGGAACUGCCGGGGGCUUGGGAACCCCCGGUCAGUUCGAGUGUUGCGCGAGCUUGUGCAACGUUGGAAGCCCGGUAUUGUUUUCCUGUCGGAAACAAAGAUGAAAAAUUACCAAAUGAAUAAAGUAAAAUUCAAAAUUGGUUUGCUGAAUGGAUUGAUUGUUCCUAGUACGGGUAGGAGUGGGGGUUUAGCUAUGCUUUGGAAUAGAGAUAUACAUUUAGAAGUCCAAAGUUACUCCAGAUAUUUUAUUGAUGCUGUGGUGACUGAAGUUGAGUCGGGUUUUAAAUGGCGUAUUACCGGUUUUUACGGUAACCCUGAAACUUGGCGUAGAAAGGAAUCCUGGGAUUUUUUGAGAAGCCUUAACCGAAUGUACCAUUUGCCCUGGCUGUGUUUUGGUGAUUUUAAUGAAGUAGUUUCAGUGGAAGAAAAGUUGGGAGGAGCUCCAAGAUCGCAGAAACAAAUGGAUGAUUUUAGAGAAGUUAUUCAUCAAUGCGGAUUCAAGGAUCUUGGUUUUGAGGGUCCCGAGUUCACUUGGUGUAAUAUGCAAGAGGGUGAUAGCAGGGUAUUAUUAAGAUUAGAUCGAGCAUUAGCUACCCCCGAGUGGAUUGAUCACUAUAAGAAUGUUAAAGUGCACCAUUUGGUGGAAUCCACUUCGGACCACUGUGCUCUUCUUUUAACUGAUACUGCUGUUACUCAGGAGUUAUCCUCUAAGCGUAGAUUCCAUUUUGAAGCUAUGUGGACUAAAAGGGCGGAAUGCAAAGAUAUCAUACAGGGAGCUUGGGUUGACAGCCAGGACUUACAUUCCCCCUCUGGAAUAGCUGCUAGACUAAGGAAUUGUGCAAAAAAUCUUUCCAAAUGGAACAAAACGGUGUUUGGGCAAAUCCCAAAGAAAAUCAAGGAGAAGAGGGAAACUCUUAAUUAUCUGGUCAGCAGAGACAAAGAUGGCAGCCUGGGGGGUGACAUUAAUAAAUUACGAAAAGAAAUUAAUGAGCUACUAGAUAGUGAAGAAAUUAAAUGGCAGCAGAGAUCUAAGGUUCAAUGGUUAGGACUUGGGGAUAGGAAUACUAAAUAUUUCCACUCUAAGGCCUCAGAUAGGAGAAGGAAAAAUACCAUCAACUGUAUUAUGGAUGAUGGAGGGGUUUGGCAUGAUUCUCCUGACAGCAUUGCGGAGGUGGCUGUUUCCUAUUUCAAAAAUUUAUACUCCACCGCCUACCCGACUCGCAUACCGGAAGUUCUUGAUUCUAUUCCAACAAAAGUCAGCGAGGACAUGAAUCAAGCACUCAUUAAAGAAUUUACUAGAGAGGAGAUUGAGGUGGCCCUUAAUCAAAUGCACCCAACAAAAGCUCCGGGACCGGACGAUGGCUUUUCCUCUCUUAUCCAUGAUGCUGCCAGGAAUUAUAAGAUUAGUGGAAUAUCCAUUUGCAAAGGCUGCCCCAAGAUCACCCAUUUGUUUUUUGCGGACGACAGCCUCCUAUUUUGCAAAGCAAAUAGUCAAGAAUGUCAGAGCCUUGUUAAUAUUCUCCAACUGUACGAAGAUGCUUCUGGCCAAAAGAUUAAUGCAGACAAAUCAUCCAUAUUUUUCAGCAGCAAUACCUCUGAUGAAAGAAGAAGGGAAGUGCUGAAUUUAUUGGGGCCGAUGCAAGAUACCCACCAUAAGAAAUAUCUGGGAUUACCCUCUAUUAUUGGGAAGUCUAAAGUGGAAAUUUUUGCUGAAAUUAAGGAGAGGGUGGAGAAGAAAUUGUCGGGGUGGAAAGAGAAAAUGUUAUCUAUAGGUGGCCGGGAGAUUCUUAUUAAAGCUGUUGCCCAAGCUAUUCCGACAUAUGCGAUGAGCUGCUUCCAAAUUCCGAAGAGUCUUUGUGUUGAAAUGGAAGCAAUGAUGAGAAAGUUUUGGUGGGGCCAAAGGGGUCAAGAAUCUAGAAUAGCUUGGGUUAGUUGGAGGAGAAUGUGCAAGUCUAAAUUGGUUGGAGGAAUGGGGUUCAGGAAUCUUCAAGCUUUUAACCUUGCUAUGCUUGCAAAGCAAGGUUGGAGGCUAAUCUCAAAUCCAAACUCUCUGGUAGCAAAAAUCUAUAGAGCAAGAUACUAUCCACACGGGGAUGUUUUCCACUCCAAGCUUGGUUCCAGCCCUUCCUUCACAUGGAGGAGCAUUUAUAAUGGGUUGGAAGUUGUCAAAAGAGGCACCCGUUGGCGCGUAGGUAAUGGUGAAAGGAUUCUUAUAUGGGAGGACAAAUGGCUUCCGACUCCUACCACAUUCAAAGUGGUCUCACCCCCGAAGUCUUUUGAUGAUUAUCCUAGAGUCUCGGCACUUAUUGACAAAGAAACUAAAAGGUGGAAAGGUGAGAUAGUAAGAUCUCUAUUCCUACCUUUUGAAGCUAGAACUAUACUAAACAUUCCCCUUUGCCACAGCCUUCCGGAUGAUCAAAUUAUUUGGGUGGGUAAUAAAAUAGGGGAAUUUAGUGUCAAAAGUGCCUAUUACAUUGCUUGUGAUGUAUUGAAUUCCUCAGAUGAAGGGGAAUGCUCUAAUGGCGACUCUAGGACGGCUCUUUGGAGAAAACUUUGGCAUUUAAGCAUUCCUCCUAAGGUGCGUAUUUUUGCUUGGAGAUUAUGUUUGAAUGCUCUUCCUACUCUUGUGAAUUUGCAAAGUAAAGGGGUGGUAAAGUGUGAUAUUUGUCCAACUUGUGGGAAGGAGCCUGAAACUAUCUCUCAUGUUUUUGUCAAAUGUGAAAUGGCUAAGAGAGUUUGGAGAUGUUGGCUGGAUUGCCCUCUUGUGGUGUUGAAUGGCAACAUGGAUAUUGUAGAUAUUGCCUUGGAGAUCUUGGGGAGUGGUUCGUCCAACGAAUUGGAGUUCUUUUUUGGGGCUGCUUGGGCUAUUUGGUCCAAUAGGAAUAGAAUUCUGUAUGAGUCCUCAAGCCAAAUUCCGGAUUACAUUUGGAGUUUUGCAAAGAAAUUUAUUUUGGAGUCGAGGAGUGCUUUGUCAGCUAGCCCUCAGGAUCUGUCUCGGCAAGUUGACAUAGGACACGUAGCCCCUCUUGGUUUUUUCAAGAUCAAAGUUGAUGGUGCUACUUCGGAAAGUGGAAAGAACUCUAGUGUGGGUGUUGUGAUUAUUGAUGCAGCUGGUGAUUUUGUAGCUGCCUGCUGUAAAUAUUUUCAAGGCAGAUAUUCGGUGGAGGAAGUUGAAGGCCUAGCAAUGGAAUGUGGCCUCCUUCUUGCCAAAGAGCUUAUGCUUACCCAAAUUAUAUUGGAGUCUGAUUCUAUGGCAGCUGUUUCGGGUGUUCUAGAUGGCAAUUUUGGUGGCUGUGUUGGUCAUAUUUAUCAAGGAAUUUGUACUGUCCUUGCUUCAUUCAGCAGCUGGAAAGUGAAUCAUGUGAGACGUGACUACAACAAGGCAGCGCACUCCCUUGCUCAAUUUGCAAGGCUGCAGGAAACUUCUCAGGUUUGGUUAGGUGUUUGUCCUCCUAUGUUAGCUGGAUUGUUCUACUCUCACUGUAUGUACUAA